GAAAUUACUUUACUUUACUUUGUGGGACAUUUAUCCCAAUCAGUUUCAUAUGCAACUGUCAAAACGUAUCUAGCCAGCGUGUCUUAUCUGCACGUCAUUUUCCAAGUGCCAUUCAAUAUGGGGACCAUGCAACUAUUAGAAAAAUGUCUGAAAGGUCUGAAAUGCCUGAAGGGUGAAAAAAUGAGAGAUCGUCGGCCCAUCACUUUUAAAGAACUCGCAUGUCUUCAUCGUGCACUACGUCCCCAGUUUACAGAUUCUAUAGACAAUGUGAUGCUCUGGGCUGCCUUUACUUUAGCCUUUUUCGGCUUUCUGUGGUGCAGAGAGUUUACUUGUAAUUCCCCGUUUGAUCCUGAAUACCACCUUUCAAGAACUGGCAUUAUUUUCUACCCGAACAUUUUGAAUGCAGAACACUUUGACGUCAUCAUCAAACGCUCAAAAACUGACCCAUUUCGCCGUGGAUGCCGUUUAACAAUUGGAUCAUCGCUUAAUGAAUUCUGCCCUGUACGAGCAAUGAAGAAUUAUUUACUCCAAACACCUUCCAUCCCCGAAAGUCGACCUCUUUUUCAGUUUGAAUCUGGAGCUCCACUCACCCAUGCAACACUAACUUCACAUCUACGCAGUUUACUUCAGCAGCAAGGACUAGACGAAACCCUGUAUGCUUCACAUAGCUUCAGAAUUGGAGCAGCUACAGCAGCUGGUUCAGCAGGACUCCCUACUUGGCUAAUAAAGACUCUUGGACGCUGGUCCUCAGAUUGUUAUGAAAGGUAUAUAAGAACUCCGAGGGACGUUUUAGUGUCUGUAACAUCAAAACUCAUUGCAAAUACAAACCAAAAGGUCUAAGUCCACUCUGUUAAUUAUUAUAUUUACUUUAGCUGUUAGUGGUAUAGCCUGCAUGGUUAUGUGGAUCCUUUUCGCGUACUUCAUGGAGGGUUGGUCAUUCAUACCGCGAUUUCAUAAUGCAAACAGAUCCAUUGAAUUUGCGUUAACGGUCCACAUGACCGGCUAAUAAUUAUAAGCGUGUCGUAGCCGGACUUGGCCGCGUCGGCAAUGAACUGAAACGGGUCUGUAACUAGUUUUUCCAAAUAAAAACAACCACAAAAGUUUAAACGC